CCACAACUCCUUUAAUGUUCAUGACAAAGAAACUGAUAAGCAUUAAAGAAGAAGAGAAAAGGUAAAAAGAAUCACAAAACUACUUUAAUAAAACCGAUCAAUGAUCUAUAUCUACGAAUGUUACAAAAGUAUACAUGGCAUAUUCGCACCCAAAUUCAUUAUAUUUACUGCAGCAAACUUCUAAAAAUGGGAUGUAAAUUCUAUUUAUGCUAUAAAUGACUACUAUUCAAGGUGAUGAUAACACGCUUUGUCCAUGUACUAACGCGAACUUAGUCUUGUUGAAGGUGUACAUUUAUGAUUUAUGAGCCUGUCAGUUAAAAUCGGAGUGUAACUGUGACAGGUUUUCCUCCUUCCAUGCAGCCCAGUCGCGUAGUCAAAAAAAAAGGCACCCUCCUUACAUUUUUUCUUUUGUCUCGAGUAAUAACAAUAAAUGCAAGCAUUUGGAGGUUUGAAAAGAAUUGCGACGGUUCCACAGUGGACUCGUGCAGUGUCCACUACUCGAUUUGUAAAGAUCGCUAAAAAAGAAACGGUGACACCUUACAGCAACAACAUAUCCAAAGUAAAAGUGACUAAAGAAGCAGAAAAACCUGUAUUAAGGGAUGUCGAACCUGUUGUCAGAGAGGCUAUUGCAGAAAAACCAGUCAUGAAAGAAAUUGUCAGUGCAGCUCAACAGCAUUUUCCUACCACCAAAGAAUUUGACACACCUUCUGAAGAACCACAAGAAGUAGGACACAAUUGGUCGUCUUCUUUCUUUGGUCUUUCAACUGAGAAAUUUCCUCGAGAAGUGGCAGAUAUCUUGCUUGAACCUAUUAAUGCUGAUGAUAUUGAGAUUAAGCCUGAUGGGUUGAUAUAUUUACCAGAGAUCAAAUACAGACGUAUAUUAAAUCGAGCUUUUGGACCGGGUGGAUGGGGACUAGCACCGCGUGGAGAGCACACAAUUUCACCCAAGAACAUUUCACGUGAGUAUGCAUUAAUCUGCAGCGGAAGAUUUGUAUCACAGGCGAGAGGCGAGCAAGAUUUCUUUGAUAUCUCUGGUUUACCCACAGCAUCUGAAGGUUGUAAAAGUAAUGCGUUGAUGCGUUGUUGUAAGGAUUUGGGUAUUGCAUCAGAGUUAUGGGAUCCUGUAUUUAUACGUAAAUUCAAAAAGAAGUAUGGUGUGGAGGUGUGGGCUGAACAUGUUACAACCAAAAAGAAGAAGAGAUUAUGGAGAAAGAAGGAUGAUGUCUUGGAGUAUCCUUAUAAAGAAAAUUAAAUAGCCUUUUUUUGCGUAAAGUCAAUAAAGUGUUUUGGUCCAAUCAGUCCAAUUGUAGUAUAAAUAAGGAUCUAUUUUUUUUUUCUUCCACUUUCUCUUUCUCACAUUAUCUUUUUUUUUAUAUUCUAAU